UAUUUUCGUACAAUUUAUGCGUAAUGAAUUUUGUACACGAUUUUCUCCUAGAAACAUAAAUAUGCAGCAUUUAUUCUGCUCUUCACGGUGCACGGCAAAGCGUGAUCAUAUACUUUUGACACCGAUUAACAAUUUGAUACGGCAAUGACCUCAGGUUGUGUUAAUGAGACCGCAGUAAUUAUAAUUUCAUCGACCAACCUCGUGGUAUAUCGUACGUGUCAGCUGUACAUUACGAUCGCCGACGUGCUGGCCGUUUAACGUAACAUUUUCCUCGCGUCCUCGCGGUAUGUAUAUCGAUGUCUAAUCGAUGAUAACAAUAAUAAUAAUGAUGAUUAUGUGCAAUAAUUUCGCGCGAGUCCGAAUAAUCUGCCGUCGCGCCGUUGCAAAACACGGAGAAAUUUGAUUCGUGCCGUAAAUGCAAUGCGUAUAAUGGACAUUGCCCGAGAUCGAUAAGGUAGCUUUCGCCCCGCGAUCAGGAUCAGCGAUCAGGAACCGCAUAUUGCAUGGAAAAUGAGUGAAACAGUUCCUGCGAGCGACGUGCCCGAGAGCAACGGCACGAUGGAGCAGCCUGCUUACAACGGGGAAGCGGAGGAACAUACCGCCAAAUCACCGGUGAGCACAGAAGAGAAGGCACCGGACUCCGCGUGCGACAACGGUGUCAAGAAGAGCGCCACUGCCACCGGCAACAGCAGCAGUAACACGCCGAGUAAGGCGAAGAAGCGCAAGAAGGCACCCAGGGAUGCGACAGCGCCAAAGCAGCCUCUCAGCGGUUAUUUCCGGUUCUUGAACGAUCGGAGGGAGAAGGUGCGCAGCGAGAAUCCAAACCUGACGUUCACUGAGAUCACGAAGCUCCUGGCUUCGGAGUGGAGUAAACUGCCGGCUGAUCAGAAACAGCAAUAUCUGGACGCAGCCGAGCAAGACAAGGAGCGCUACAAUCGCGAGUUCAGUAGUUACAAGCAGACUGAGGCGUACCGUCUGUUCAACGAGAAGCAAUCGGAGAGGCAAAACGAGAGCAAGAAGGAGAGAAACGGCACCGACGUGAAUACAGAACAGAAUGACGUUCAGCCUGACAAAGACAACGAUUUCCCGGGUUUUGAUAUUCCUAUUUUCACAGAAGAAUUCUUGGAUCAUAAUAAAGCCUGCGAAGCCGAACUGAGACAAUUGCGAAAAGCUACCUCCGACUACGAAGCUCAGAACGCGGUUCUCCAGCGGCACAUCGACAGUUUGCACGGCGCCGUGAACCGCUUGGAGUCGGAAACCAAUCAACUGCGGACGACCAAUCAGACUCUGCAGCGUCACUUGGAUUCCCUUCGUUCACAGCUGGCAGGCUGUUUUGCCACUAUACCGCUUCCAGGCACGCAUGAUGGUGCUACAUUACAAAAUAUCGACAGCUACUUCGAAAGACUGGAGUCGCUAUUGAGCGGCAACGUCGAGCAGAGCCUGCGUAACGUCGUUCGCAGUGCCGUGUCCCGUCUCGAGUUAAUUGGAUGACGAUCGCCCCUGGGCAGUGCGAGCAGCACAUCGUUGAAGCAUCACCGUUCGAGGCACUCGCAUCGAAAGUAGCGAAGACGAAAAAGAGUUAGGUGUGUUGUUGUUUCUGGCAGUUUGCUAAUUUCAUUCCCUCGUACCUCGACGGCGAUAGUAGGACUGCCAAUUAUUUAAGUGUGUACUGCAGCUAAUUAUUAUUAUUAUUCGUGGUACCUCUAUAUGUACAUGUGACAAUUUACACUUUAUUUUAUACAAUUAUCUUUCAUCGGACCUUUCAACGUACGAUGCGGAGCGAGAUAAUUUAAUCUUCUGCUAUGUACUUUAACUUGAUGUAAAGACUUGAGUUAACUUAUGACGUUUCCGUCGAGACAUUUAUAUGCAUAUCGAUUGAGUUCAAAUAGCAGUUAAGUGAUGCGGCAAUUGGUUUAGAAAUAUAUAUAGAAUCGAAAUUGACGUCUAGAGUAUUUAGUGCUUACUAAUAAAUUUUUAUAGUCUUGUCA